UGGCUCGCAGCAACUCCUGAGAAGGACAAGCGGUGUGGGGGGGCAGUGGAGGAGCGGCAGGCAGAGGAGUUUGGAGCGGACCAGGGGUGGACGGGCUCCGGCAGGGAGGAGAAUGGGUACGCCGGCUCCUCGUGCUGCGGUCGCGCUGCUGCUCUGUAGGCUGCGUGUCACUCCGGCACAGCUCCGCCUCUCCUCGACAUGAGCUUCGCAGGGAGGGUGUCCUGCUCCAUGCUCAACUGCUUUGGUGAAGAAGGGCCUCCCAGCCUGGAGUAUAUCAAGGCAAAGGACCUGUUCCCCCAGAAAGAGCUGGUGAAGGAGGAUGAAAGCCUUCAGGUGCCAUUCGCUGUUCUUCAGGGGGAAGGGGUGGAAUAUCUUGGCUAUGCCGAUGAAGCCGUCAUUGCCAUUUCCAACUACCGGCUCCACAUCAAGUUCAAGGACUCUGUCAUUAACACCUACCCAGGUGUGGAAAGUAAGAUAUCUGUGCCUCUCAGGCUCAUAGAGAACGUGGAGAGCAGGGAUAUGUUCCAGCUGCACAUCAUCUGCAAAGACUCCAAAGUUGUCCGAUGCCACUUUGCAACGUUCAAGCAAUGCCAGGAGUGGGUCAAGCGCCUGAACCGGGCCGCAGCUCACCCGUCCCGCCUGGAGAACCUGUUCGCGCUGGCCUACCACGCGUGGUGUCUGGGAGGCAACGUUGAUGACGAGGACCAGCACAUUCAUCUCUGCCGCCCAGGUGAUCACGUCCGUCAGAGAAUGGAAAUGGAGGUCAAGCGGAUGGGCUUCGACACACAGAACGUCUGGAGAGUGUCAGACCUAAACUGCAAUUUCAAGCUUUGCUCCAGCUACCCACAGAAGCUCCUGGUUCCAAUCUGGAUCACAGACAAGGAGCUGGAGAGUGUGGCUUCUUUCAGAUCCUGGAAGAGGAUCCCUGUGGUAGUCUACAGGCACCAGAAGAACGGGGCAGUGAUCUCCCGAUGCAGCCAGCCUGAAAUCAGCUGGUGGGGCUGGAGGAAUACUGAUGAUGAGUACUUGGUGACCUCUAUCGCCAAGGCGUGUCAGAUGGACACCGGAGGCAGGGAUACCUGUGGAGCACUAGCCUGCCGACAGCGCGGGGAAGCUCACGACUCCUCCGAUAGUGAUUUUGACUCCUCUCUGACGGGCGGCUCCGGCUGCGAUGAAAGAACUGUGCCACAGAAGCUGCUGAUUCUGGAUGCUCGCUCGUACACCGCUGCAGUGGCCAACCGAGCCAAGGGCGGAGGCUGCGAAUGUGAAGAGUACUAUCCCAACUGCGAGGUGAUGUUCAUGGGAAUGGCCAACAUCCACGCCAUCAGGAACAGCUUCCAGGCUCUGAGGACCGUCUGCAGUCAGAUCCCGGAUCCAGGGAACUGGCUUUCGGCACUUGAGAGCACCCGUUGGCUGCAGCACCUGUCCGUCAUGCUGAAGGCGGCCACUCUGGUUGGUUCUGCGGUGGAGAGGGACGGCCGUCCUGUACUGGUGCAUUGUUCGGACGGGUGGGACCGCACACCCCAGAUUGUAGCCCUCUCCAAGAUCCUGCUUGACCCCUACUACAGGACAUUAGAGGGCUUCCAGGUGCUGGUGGAGACUGAGUGGUUGGACUAUGGUCAUAAGUUCGGGGACCGCUGUGGCCACCAGGAGAACGCUGAUGAUGUCAGCGAGCAGUGUCCCGUCUUCCUGCAGUGGCUGGACUGUAUUCACCAGCUGCUGAAACAGUUCCCGUGCCUAUUCGAGUUCAACGAGGCCUUCCUGGUCAAGUUGGUGCAGCACACAUACUCGUGUCUUUACGGGACCUUCCUGUGUAACAAUGCUCGCGAGAGGGAGAUGAGGAACAUCUACAAACGCACCUGCUCUGUGUGGUCCCUGCUUCGCAACGGAAACAAGAACUUCCAAAACUUCCUCUACAUCCCCAGUCACGAUAUGGUUCUGCAGCCAGUGUGCCACACGCGGGCUUUACAGCUGUGGACAGCUGUGUACUUGCCCACCUCGUCCCCCUGUACCGCUGUGGACGAUUCCAUGGAGCUCUACUUCCCCCAGAGUGUCACCGGAGAUGAACUCCGCUCCCUGGACAGACUUCCCAAGACCCGCUCCAUGGACAACUUGCUAUCCGCUUUUGAGAACGGGGUGGCUCUGACACGAACCUCCAGCGAUCCAAAUCUCAAUAAGCACUGCCAGGAGGGCCGCACUGCCCCAGAGUCCUCCCCAACAGUUGAAGAAACCUCUGCCGACCUGUCUGAGGAGGUCAAACCUGACACCAGCCUGGACAGAAAUGAGGGGGAAGCUCUGCUAGAGAGUCCUUCCAAGACCCCCGAGGGUGUCCUGGGUGCCGAGAGCUGUGAGGACACAAUGGAGGAGCCCUGUCUCACCACACAGCCCCUGCCCUCUCUGCCCCUGUCCCCGGUUCUACUGGGUAAGGAUGUUGCACUUGCUCACACUCCCUCCCCCACUCCUGUCCUUCAACAUCCUUGGCCCCAGAUAACCAACCCUCCACCACCGCUGGAGGCCGAGAGCCCCCGUAGGACUGGCGAAAGCACAGCCUCACCCACUCACAGAUCAGAGCCCUGCUUACCUCUCCGCUGCAAGGGCACUGAGCCCGCAGCCGCAGCCCCCACCUCGCUGCUGAGCGGCCACCCUGAGGGGCAAGAAGACGGUUCCCCAGAAUCUGCACAUCUGCUGGCUCUGAAGCCGCAAACGACGCUCCUGCCCAUGGAGGACUCCACAGAGACUCUCACAGGUGAUGGAGACCUCCCGCCCACCCCGCCUCCCACAGUGAGCCCGGACCUCACCAAGAGUCAUCUGUACGACAAAGAGAAGCCGGAGUCGCAGCCACAGGUGCAACCCCCCGAGGAGAAAGAGGACACGAGGCCAGAUGGGGUGAGCGGAAAAGAGCCCGUGUUAACCGUUGCAGUAGCUCCCUUCGACAGUAACCAGGCAGCCCCCCGUCACCUGACGUCCCACAGCCCCUUCACCGACCUGUCCCUGCUGGGUUCCCACUGGGAGAGCGUCCAGGGUCUGGUGCAGUCCGCCUGCAGCAGUGCCAGUCACUAUGGCGUCAGCCGCGCCUGGCAGCACAACGCCUACCAGAGCCGCCGGCUUGCCUGCAAGCUCCUGCGCUCCCAGGGUGUCGCCGCGGCCAACGGCUCCCAGGUCUGCCGCAGGGAGGCCCUCUGCUACCCCAGCAGCCCCCUGCAGGCCCUGCAGUCCGCCGCCAGGAGCGCGGGCUACAGCGGCCUGUGCGCUCCGGCCGCAGCCGCCCUCAACAGCGCCUCCGUGGCGGGGCAUCAGCUCCUGCCGGCGUCCUACUCCUCGCUCUUUGCUUCCAGCUCCCCUCCCCCGCCCCAAGCCCCGGCCUACCUCGAUGAUGACGGGCUUCCCGUGCCCAUGGACGCCGUGCAGCAGAGACUACGGCAGAUCGAGGCAGGCUACAAGCAGGAGGUGGAGGUGCUGAGGCAGCAAGUGCGCCAGCUGCAGAUGAGGCUGGAGAGUAAACAGUACAGCAGCCCUCCCUCGGAGCCCGACAUCGACUACGAGGAUGACAUUACCUGUUUGAGAGAGUCAGACAACAGUAACGAGGAGGAUUCUCUCUCGACCCACAGUGAGGACCGCCUGUCUGAGGGCAGCUGGGAUCGAGUGGAUCGCAAAGACACAGAGGUCACAAGGUGGGUGCCUGACCACAUGGCCUCUCACUGUUUCAACUGUGACUGUGAGUUCUGGAUAGCAAAGAGACGUCAUCACUGCAGGAACUGUGGCAAUGUGUUCUGUAAAGACUGUUGUCAUCUGAAGCUGCCCAUCCCGGACCAGCAGCUGUAUGACGCCGUGUUGGUCUGCAACAGCUGCCACGACCUGCUGCUGGUGGCUCGAACCCGCGACAUCCGCAGCCAGCAGCUCAAGAAGGCCAUCGCCACCGCCUCCAGCUGAGAGAAGUGUCUUGUAGCGUGGCCCCGCCUUGGCUCUGUCCUGCUCCUUUUGGACCAAUUAGCUGAGCCCCCUCACUCCCCUCCCGCAGCGAGAAUUGUUACUCUUUGGGAGGCUCGGUCUGGGAACGGAGUUGCUCUGUGAGACUGUCUGAAGGAUGGAGAGGAGGAAAGGUGUGAGACGGAGAUGUGCCCGCACGGGGGGGGGGGGGUCCUGUAAAGAAAGACCCUUUCCAGGUUGAAGCACUGAGGCGUCGAGUGGCCUCCACACAGCUCCGUCCUCUAGCAGCGCCCUGUCCGAGACACACCUCCCCAUCCCGGCCCCCCCAUUAGGAGUCACGCACCUUUAGCACCAAACAUCUGCACCCUCCUUAUAGACACCGUCUCCUACUUCAGAGGACAAUCUACCACCCUUCCACGCGUCGGGGACUCCAAAGCCUUGACCCGUACUACUGGAGGCUUUCAACUAAAAGAAAAAAAUUGCUGCUACAGUAUUUAAAAGUCUAAUUUUGUAUUCUUAUUUUGUGCACUACUAGCUGUUGUGUGUGUGUGUGUGUGUGUGUGUGUGUGUGAGGGACUUUGAGACCAAACUUGGGCAAAAGGGAGAAAUCUGCUGUUUACUUUGUCGCUGCAUCGUUUUCUUGGGGCCUGAAUGUAAUAUGUAAUGGAUAACUGGAUCGAGUCUAUGUGCAUUUGGUGGGCCGUAUGUGUUCAUUGCUGCAAUGUGUUUUCAAAACGAUGUAUGUGCACCGUCCACGUGGUUCUGUCUUUUAUCAAUGCUUUUCGUGUGCAGGGACCGUUGGGAAGAGCAGAUUUCUGUAAUAUCUACUUCUGAUGUGAGAAUGUGACGUUGGAGGAUACCUUGAUGUGCCGGAGGGAAGUUUGUUUUGUUUUUGUCCGGUGGAGACGUGCGAAUGAAUGAGCGUCCACAUGAAGCUUGAUGUCCAUCUGACUGAUGACUCCUUCUCGGAUGGUGAGCUGGCAGUGAUGACUGCUCUGGAAAUGACUGAAUAAAGUGCUUUGAGUUUCCUGUUCCGUUGAGGGGAGUUUGGCCACAGUCCGCUUUUAAAAAUGUGUUUGUGUCUCCUGUUUUCUUCCUUGAGACGAUAGUGCCAUAUUAAGUUCUGUCUAAUUUUAAAGACUUUGUUCCCUUCUGGAUGGCAGCCGGUUUCUAAUUGGCCACCUAAUGUCUGUUCUAAAGUACAGAUAGUUAGCAGCUUAAUUGAGACAACUAAAGAUUAACAGGUGGUUCGGUUUGAUAGUGAGGCUCCCCGUUGCAAUGAAUGAUGAGAGAUGUCACUAAGUUAGUUAACCUGUGAGGUUAUCCAAUGUCUAAUAUUUGGAAUCUUUUCACACGGUGUUCAAAGUCCAAAUCUUUAAGAGGAACUCAGAAAUGUAACAUACAGAUUGAUCUGAUCCUGAGUGGUGGCUAAAACUUAUCACUUACUGAAUAAUUGUUGUUAAGAAAUGCACUGUAAAAGUCAAAUCCCAUGGGUUAAAAUAAAAGAUUAUAUCGUG